GUCCCGAGUCCGGACUGUGGUCCACGGAGAGGGGUGUGGCGGUCACUCCGAGCUCCGAAUCCUGGGAGGAGUGAGAUUUGGGGAAACUGCCGCUGUUCACACCCGAGGAGCUGAUGGAGAAAAGAGGAGGAGCCAGAUGGUAGAAACCGGAUGCUCACCCCAUCCAAGAGACAAUCUGUUGCAUUUAACCAACAAGACCUACCAUUUCUUGCUGGCGUCCAACGAGUCCAGACACCCUCCGUGCUUCUAACCAUGUCCCUGUUCAUGGCUGCAAUGAAAAAAGAAGCUCAAGCCGAUGUUCACCGCAAUCAAACAGAUAACUUCUUUGAUGAUUUCCAGGAGGCUGGGGAGAACCAGACUCCUUCAGCUCCGACGGCUCAGGAGAAUCCAUCCGUUUCCAACAGUUCAUUAGGAAUCUCCCCUUCAGCCAGCGAGAGUCAAAAGACGAUUAAGCUGUCCCUCACAAUAACCUUUCAACCGGCUCAGCCGAAGCCUUCAGCGGGGACCUCCAUCAGGGGGAAAGCCACCAGUAAAACCAUGGUGCUUCAGGAGCUGCUGUGGCGGCUGAAGGAGCGGCGGUGGGAGCUGCAGCAAAAGCAGCAGCAGCUCAACCAGAGCUUUCCACCCAAGCAACCCCUGCAGAAGCCGCCUCAGCCUCAGCUUCAGCCCCGGAGCCCCACGCCUCAGACCCGGAGCCCCACGCCUCAGACCACCCAGCAGCCCAACGAAGAGCCACCAACCCUGGAGGUGAAGCCGCAGAAUCCAGCAGCCGCAGAGCUGGAUGAAGAGAUGAAAUGUGAGAAAUGAAUUCCAAAAUGUAUCGCGGUCAACUCAACUGAUAUUUAAAAGCUUCCCAUUCGACAUAUCUGAAGUGUUUGGUUUAGGUCAGCAAAACAUUUUUUUAUUAUUAGCUGUAAGAUGUGAUUUACUUUGGUAUUUUUAGUCAUUUAGAAAUAAAAAAUGUCUUUGGAAAAAAAAAGGAAAACAUAAGGUUUUUCUGCAGCAGUAUUGCUAGAAACAAGUGUUUUCCCAGCAGGAGCAUCCCAGCUGCUUUUCUAUAACUUCUAUAUUAAGUAAGGAGUAGGAGGAGAAAUUAGGAUGCUGCAUUUUCAAAAUAAAAGCACCCAAACAUCAUCCAAUAUUUUUUAACAGUUUAAAAUGUCAGAGAAAAGAAAUAAAAACAUGUAAUCAAUAUAAAUAAAAACAAUGAAAUGUCUCCAUCUGUUGUUUUCUCAGUUGAUUUAUUAUGUCAAGUGUGUAAUUUGAAGCAAUCUGCACCAUCUGACACGUAUUUGCAGAAAUAUCAUUAAUCCAAUUAACACUUUAUUACUGUUUUUUUUACACUUAUUGAGUCAAAAGGAAAUACAGUUUGAAAAUACUGGCAGGCUGUCCUGCUGUGAACCUGGGAAGAGAUUCUGGUUGUGUGAGCGUGUUUGAAUGUGAGUGCAUAUGGAAACGAGCCUGGAUUUGCUCCGAGUAUCUUUGGCGGGACACUAUCAAAACAAGAAAAAAAAAAAGAAAAAGA